AUGGCGCUUGGGGUUGGCCGUUGUUUACUGGAGAAGAGAAAAGGGCAUAAAAGGGAUCGUGAAUCCUAUUCGUACCAGAGUUUCUCUCCUUUCCUCUGCCGAUUUCUCUCCAAGGCGGUCUGUUUCUUUUCUCUCUUUUUCUCCUUCUCCCUAAAAUCUAGGGCUCCCCAGAGUCUUUACUCUUUCCUAACUUCUUCUCUGUCGUCAAAAUUUGCCGUUUUUGACACACAGAGGAAAAAGUGCUCUCUCGGUUUCUCUGGUGGGUUUGGGUUCCCUUCAAUUUCUCGGAUUUUCUCGCUUUCGUCCGACUCCACUUGUGAUAUGACGAUCCCUGACUCUGAAUCAAUGUCGGAGGUCCAAGUUUCUGACUUUCCGUGCACUCCAGAGGAAGAGAGACGCAUUGUUGCAGAGCUUCUUAAUAGCGAAGCGGAGGCUGAUUUGAAAGAGGGAAACGUUUACUUCGUCAUCUCAAACAGGUGGUAUAAGCUCUGGCAGAGCUUUGUUGGGCAGCUAAAAGAAGAAUUUCCUUGUGGAGAGCGUUUACAAGUUACUAGGCCCGGACCAAUUGACAAUCGUGAUAUCAUUGUAACCGAAAGUGACGCUAGUGAUCCGGAGGUUCUUAAGACGAUGGAGGAAGAGGUUGACUACGUUCUAGUUCCUGGAAAAGUUUGGGAAAAACUCGUGGAAUGGUAUAAAGGAGGUCCUCCAAUACAGAGGAAGUUGAUCUCUCUAGUUCAAGGGUUUAACUCUAAGAGCUAUUGUGUGGAGGUUUUCCCACUCUGCCUUAAAUUGACAGACCGUAGAGACGGAAGUUGUACCAUUAUAAAGAUGAGCAGAACGGCUUCUAUUAGUCAACUCUAUGAGACGGUUUGUGCUUUAAAAGAGGUGCCAAAAGAAAAGGCACGCAUCUAUGAUUACUUCACAUGGACGAAAGGCGACCUCUUGGAUCCUUCAUCUGACAAAAACCUGGAGGAAGCGACACUUGUAGCAGCCCAUGAUAUUCUUCUUGAAGUUAAUGGUUUUGUGUCUUCUCCAAUUGACACGAGCUCGGCGGGAAAGGAGUUAGCUCUGAUACCUUCAGACCCUACGAGGUCAGAUACUACGGAUAUUAUGCUUGGUGGAGGAACCUCAUCCAAUGGUCAUUCAAACGGUUCCAUAUUUAGAUUUUGGAGAAACAAUUGGGAAGAUGAUGAUUGUGAUUUCGCAAGUUCUUUUGGGAAAGCAAAAAGUAGAGGUUUAGUAGGAUUGCGGAACUUGGGAAAUACAUGUUUCAUGAAUAGCACUCUUCAAUGUAUGGCCCAUACACCUCCUAUCGUCGACUACUUUCUGCAAGAUUACAGCAAUGACAUAAAUGCAGAGAAUCCUCUAGGAAUGAAGGGUGAGCUUGCGAAUGCAUUUGGGGGGCUUCUGAGAAAAUUGUGGUCAUCAGGAGUGGAUACAGUUGCGCCACGCUGUUUUAAGUCAAAAUUGGCUCGAUUUGCACCACAGUUUAGUGGCUAUAACCAGCAUGAUUCUCAAGAAAUGCUUGCUUUCUUAUUGGAUGGGCUCCAUGAAGAUCUGAACAAGGUGAAACGAAAACCUUACAUUGAAGCUAAAGAUUCAGAUAGUCGUCCAGAUGAUGAAGUAGCUGAAGAGUUGUGGAAAUAUCACAAGGCCAGAAAUGACUCUGUGAUAGUUGAUGUCUGCCAAGGACAAUACAAGUCAACACUAGUCUGCCCAGAUUGUGGAAAAAUCUCAAUCACAUUUGAUCCUUUCAUGUACUUAACUUUGCCGGUGCCAUCAAGUCGCACUCGAUCAAUGACAGUUGCGGUGUUUUACGGCGAUGAAAGCCGUCUCUGGACUCCAUACUCUGUAAUUGUUCCUAAAGAUGGUACUUGUAGAGAUCUAAUUAAUGCAUUAGGCACUGCUUGCGGCUUGAACGAUGACGAAUGGCUUUUACUCACAGAGUUAUUUGGUCACAAGGUCUAUAAAUAUUUUGAAAACCAGUUUGAUGCACUGAGUGGGAUUAAAGGCAAUGACUAUAUUGUGGCAUAUCGGUUCAACAAAAUGGACAAAGGACCAGGAAAAGCCAGAGUUGAAAUUCUUCAUGGGGAGUUUGAAAAGAGUUGUUAUGGCAUUAGUAGUAUCUAUGGCAGCGACACAAAAUUUUUUGGAACUCCACUUGUCACUUAUAUCGACGCAGAACAACACAGUGGAACUGACAUUGAUGCAAUUGUCUCUAAAUCGCUGUCACCUCUACACCGUGUUCAUUUGCCAUCUACAACAGUUCCUAAUGGAAACGAAGAUUGCCACGUUCCUGAUGUUGCAGAUGAAACAUCCGGAAGCUUAUCAUCUGGUGACACUGAGACAGAGGAGAAUGGAGUUGCUGAUAGAAAGUUAUCACUUAGCCUCUCAAUUCAAAAUUACUCGCAUUCCAGUUCCAGGCCACUUAAGCCCGAUUCAGUUGUGACUCCUGGUAGUUAUACUGUCACGAAGAUUGUAGUCAAGUGGAGCGAGGCAGAGCAUGAAAAAUAUGAUUCCAGCUGCUUGACCGGUCUCCCUCCGGUUCUCAAAACAAGUAACUCGGUGAAGAAAUCAUGGGAAGAGGAGACAUCUUUGUUUAAGUGCUUGGAAGCGUUUUUAGCUGAAGAGCCUCUUGGACCAGAUGAUAUGUGGUAUUGUCCUGUUUGCAAAGAACACAGACAGGCGAAGAAGAAGCUAGACUUGUGGAAGCUGCCCGAUGUUCUUGUGAUCCACCUGAAACGUUUCACGUAUUGCAGAUAUUUAAAGAACAAGAUUGACUUGUUUGUGGAUUUCCCGGUUCACGGUCUUGAUCUGAGCAAGUACGUGAAGAGCAAAGACGGCCAGACGCAUCUUUACGAGCUGUAUGCUAUUAGCAAUCAUAAGGGUGGCAUGGGAGGUGGUCACUACACUGCUUACGCUAAGUUGAUGGAUGAGAACAAAUGGUAUUGCUUUGAUGAUAGCUUCGUAGGACCUAAAAAUGAAUCCGAUAUCAAGAGUUCGGAUGCAUAUGUUUUGUUCUAUCGAAGAGUGACAAGUGAACCAGAGACAUCGAAAAUGGAGGAGGACUCAGCUGCAUCGAAAAUGGAGGAGGAGGACUCAGUUGCAUCGAAAAUGGAGGAUGAUUCAGUUGCUGCACCAAAGAUGGAGGAGGUUUCAGUUGCAUCGAAAAUGGAGGAUGAUUUAGUUGAACCAAAAAUGGAGGAUGAUUCAGUUGCUGCAACAAAAAUGGAGGAUGAUUCAGUUGCUGCAUCGAAAAUGGAGGAGGAUGAUCAAGAUCUCUUUCUUUGA